AGUUGGAGGACUGGCAGUGGGCAAGGCACCAUGGCCUUUGCUCUGCGCCUCUUCCUCCUGCUCCUCCUGGCAGUGGCCCUGCCUGACAGGGCUGCCCAGGCUGCUCCCUGGCGAGCACAGGGAGCAGAUUGGAAUCAUCACAUGGAUUACCUGGAAGUAAUGAAUGAUGGCUUGAAAUUCUUGGAGGAUGUUGGAGCCAAGCCCCUUGGUGCAGGCGAUGCAGCUCCUCAACUCACACCCAGGACUGAGUCUCAGGGAGGUGGUGAGGUUACAGGUGUGUCUAGAGGGAGGACUUUGCCAGCUCCUGGGAUGGUUACUGGAGACAACCUUAACCCUCGCAGGGGUCCUCCAAGAGAGAAGACCCAAGAUACACCAGAAGAGGUAUCCCUGAGACAAUCUGAACUUAUACGGCAAAUGCUGAAGGGAAUGCAGCAGGGAGGACAAGGAAUCAAACAAGUGCCUGUGCAGCAGGAAACAUUCCCUGAAGAAAGCAGUGAUUCUGUGCCUGACUCUGCUGCAGGAAGGGAGGCCAUGCCAGGCACAGUAACACAAGAUAAGUUUCGGGGCAAAGUUUCUCCAAUAGCUUGGCUGCAUAAAGUUGUGAAACCCUAUGAGCGUCCUGCAGUUACAGGUGUGUCUGCAGGGAGGAUUGUCCCAACUCCUGACCUGGUUACUGCACCCAAGCCCAGCUCCCUUCGCAGCAGUCCUCCAAGAGAGAAGACCCAAGAUACAGCAGAAGAGAUAUCCCUGAGACAAUCUGAACUUAUACGGCAAAUGCUGAAGGAAAUGCAGCAGGGAGGACAAGGAAUGAAACGAGAGCCUGUGCAGCAGGAAAUCAUUCCCGAAGGAAUCAUUGAUUCUGUGCCUGACUCUGCUGCAGGAAGGGAGGCCAUGCCAGGCACAGUUUCAGGAGAUAAGGUUCCUGGCAAAGUUUCUCUAUUAGCUUGGCUGCAUAAUGUUGUGAAGCCCACUGGGCCUCCUGCAGUUACAGGUGUGUCUGCAGAGAGGACUUUGCCAGCUCCUGACCUGGUUACUGCACCCAAGCCCGGCUCCCAUCGCAGCAGUUCUCCAAGACAGAAGACCCAAGAUACAGCAGAAGAGAAAUCCCUGAAACGAUCAGAACUCAUACGGAAAAUGCUGAAGGAAUUCAAGCAGGGAGGACAAGGAAUGAAACAAGUGCCUGUGCAGCAGGAAACAUUCCCUGAAGGAAGCAGUGAUUCUGUGCCUAACUCUGCUGCAGGAAGGGAGGCCAUGCCAGGCACAGUUUCAGGAGAUUUGGAUGCCGGCAAGGCUCCUCCAUUAGCCUGGCGGUAUGAGGUUUUGAAGCCCUCUGGGCCACCUACAGUUACAGGUGUGUCUGCAGACAGGAUUUCUCCAGCUCCUGGGCUGGAUGCUGCACACAAGCCUGACUCCCAUCCCAGCGUUCCUCCAACAGAAAAGACCAAACACACCUCAGACAAGAAAUUCCAGGAGCGAUUUGAAGUCAUGUGGAAAAUGCUGAAGGAAAUGCUUCAGGGAGGACAAGAAGUGGAUGAAGAGGCUGUGCUGAAGGCAGUGUUUCCCGGAGGAAGCAGUGGUUCACUGGCAGCCUCUGCUGCAGGAAGGGAGGCCAUGCCAGGCACAGUCCCAGGAGAUUGGGAUCGUGAUAUGGAUUAUGUGGAAGCCCUGGUGGAAAAUACCUUGAAAUUCUUGGAGGAUAUUGGAGCCAAGCCCCUUGGUGAAGGUGAUGCAGCUUCACAACCCACACCCAGGACUGAGCCUCAGGGAGGUGGUGAGGUUACAGGUGUGUCUGCAGGGAGCGCUUCCCCAGAUCUUGAGGUGGCUACUGCACCCAAGCCUGGCUCCCAUCGCAGGGUGAUGGACCAACAGGCAAAGCACAAGGAGGCACUUCCCAGAGCAAGCAGUGGUUCAUUGGCAGCCUCUGCCGCAGGAAAGAAGACGAUGCCAGGGACAGGCCCAGACACAGGAGAUUCAGAUGCUGGCAAGGCUCCUCCAUUAGCCUGGUGGUAUGAAGUUUUGAAGCCCUCUGGGCCACCUACAGUUACAGGUGUGUCUGCAGACAGGAUUUCUCCAGCCCCUGGGCUGGAUGCUGCACACAAGCCUGGCUCCCAUCCCAGCGUUCCUCCAACAGAAAAGACCAAAUACACCCCAGACAAGAAAUUCCAGGAGCGAUUUGAAGUCAUGUGGAAAAUGCUGAAGGAAAUGCUUCAGGGAGGACAAGAAGUGGAAGAAGAGGUUGUGCUGAAGGCGGUGUUUCCCGGAGGAAGCAGUGGUUCACUGGCAGCCUCUGCUGCAGGAAGGGAGGCCAUGCCAGGCACAGUCCCAGGAGAUUGGGAUCGUGAUAUGGAUUAUGUGGAAGCCCUGGUGGAAAAUGCCUUGAAAUUCUUGGAGGAUGUUGGAGCCAAGCCUCUUGGUGCAGGUGAUGCAGCUCCUCAACCCACAUCCAGGACUGAGCCUCAGGGAGGUGGUGAGGUUACAGGUGUGUCUGCAGGGAGCGCUUUGCCAGCUCCUGGGAUGCUUACUGCAGACAAGCCCGGCUCCCAUCGCAGGGUGAUGGACCAACAGCCUAAGCACAAGGAGGCACUUCGCAGAGCAAGCAGUGGUUCAUUGGCAGCCUCUGCCACAGGAAAGAAGACGAUGCCAGGGACAGGCCCAGACACAGGAGAUUCGGAUGCUGGCAAGGCUCCUCCAUUAGCCUGGUGGUAUGAAGUUUUGAAGCCCUCUGGGCCACCUACAGUUACAGGUGUGUCUGAAGAAAGGAUUUCUCCAGCCCCUGGGCUGGAUGCUGCACACAAGCCUGGCUCCCAUCCCAGCGUUCCUCCAACAGAAAAGACCAAAUACACCUCAGACAAGAAAUCCCAGGAGCGAUUUGAAGUCAUGUGGAAAAUGCUGAAGGAAAUGCUUCAGGGAGGACAAGAAGUGGAAGAAGAGGUUGUGCUGAAGGCAGUGUUUCCCGGAGGAAGCAGUGGUUCACUGGCAGCCUCUGCUGCAGGAAGGGAGGCCAUGCCAGGCACAGUCCUAGGAGAUUGGGAUCGUGAUAUGGAUUAUGUGGAAGCCCUGGUGGAAAAUACCUUAAAAUUCUUGGAGGAUGUUGGAGCCAAGGGUCUUGGUGCAGGCGAUGCAGCUUCACAACUCACACCCAGGACUGAGCGUCAGGGAGGUGGUGAGGUUACAGGUGUGUCUGCAGGGAGCGGUUUGCCAGCUCCUGGGAUGCUUACUGCAGACAAGCCCGGCUCCCAUCGCAGGGUGAUGGACCAACAGCCUAAGCACAAGGAGGCACUUCGCAGAGCAAGCAGUGGUUCAUUGGCAGCCUCUGCCACAGGAAAGAAGACGAUGCCAGGGACAGCCCCAGACACAGGAGAUGCAGCCAGCACAACACAAGUUCCUGAUUCCCAGAAGGUCAUUGAAAGGGCUUUCUGUCAGGGAAUGUUCUGCUGGAUAGAGCUAAUAGCAGGCGUACUUUGUUUGGAGAUUAUCUUCAUGUUGUGCUGCUUUGGAAUCUGGUAUGCCUGCAAGAGAAAACGGUGAGUGUUUUGUUCAUCUUUCCCUCCAACAGCUUCUUUUGAAAGCCUAUUGCAGACAGGAAACAUUUCCAGGGAGGCUGCUGUGGACUUGUGGGUAGCCAGUGGUUUCCCAAAUAACCCUGC